AUGAGGGCACACCUCCUCACCCUCGCGGUUCUCCUCGCCGUCGCGGCCGCGGUGCCCCUCGUGUCGGCGGUGUGUGUCCCGCGGUACGAGAAGAAGUCCGAAAGCGAGAGCGAAGCCGCCGUCGCCUCCAGCUCUAGCAAGACCAUUCCCGUCGAUGAAUAUAGAUCUCCUGAGAAGGUCGUCAGCAAGCCCAAGAUGGAGAAAUCUGACGAGGAAGCCGUGCCGGCUAAGAACUCCACCACCGGCGAAGAAUCCGACGAAUCUGCAUCUUCUAAGAAGGUAAAGGAGAAGAAAUCCGAUGAAUCAGAUGAAUAUGCAUCUCCUAAGAAGGUAAAGGAGAAGAAAUCCGACGAAUCCGAUGAAGAUGCAUCUGCUAAGAAGGAAAAGAAGGAGAAACCCGACGAAUCCGAUGAAUAUGCAUCUACUAAGAAGGAAAAGAAGGAGAAAUCCGACGAUUCCGACGAAUCUGCAUCUCCGAAGAAGGAAAAGAAGGAUAAAUCCAAUAAUUCCGAUGAAUCUGCAUCUCCUAAGAAAGAAAAGGAGAAAUCUGACGAUUCUGAUGAAUCUGCGUCUUCUAAGAAGGAAAAUAAGUCCGACGAAGAGGCCACGCCGGUGGAGAUCUCCACCACCGGCGAAUAUGUAUCUUCUAACAAGGCCGACAGCAAGCACAAGAAGGUCACUAGCUAUCCCAAGGAGGGGGCUCCCGACGAGCAGCCCGCGCCGGCCAAGAGUUCCACCGCCGACGAAUCCGGCGAAUCUGUUUCUCCCAAGAAGGUGAUCAGCUAUCCCAAGGAGGGGGCUCCCGACGAGCAACCUGCGGCGGCCAAGACCUCCACCAGCACCGAUGGAUAUGUAUCUCCUAAGCAGGUGGUCAGCCAGCCCAAGGAGGAGACACCCGAGGAGCCGGCCGCGCCGGUGAAGCCGAAGGUGACGGUGGAGUCUCUCCCGGAGAUGAUGAGGAAGCCGGUGAUGGGCAUGCUGAGCCCGGUGAUCAAGGGCCUGUGCGCCAAGACGGACUAUCCGGACGUGUGUGAGUCGUCGAUAACGGGCCUCCCCGAGGCGCCGCCGGCGCAGCUGGACGGCAUCGGCGUGCUGAAGCUGGCGAUGGCGGCGGUGCGUCUCAAGGCCAUCGAGGCGACGAACGCGGCGACGGACCGGAUGUACGCGCCGGGCACGGACCCCGCGGCGCACAACGCGCUCGACGACUGCACCAACUCGUACAGCGACGUCAAAUCGAGCCUGGACACGGCGGAGGACGCGCUCGCGCGCGGCGACAUGGGCACGGCGCGCACCAACCUCGACUCGGUGUCCACCGACGUGGACACGUGCGAGACCGGCUUCUCGGAGCGCGGUGGCCCGUCGCUUAUGGCCGACCACGACCAGGUGCUCGCCAAGCUCGCCAGCAACCUCCUCGCCAUUGCCGCCGCCAUCGAUCACUAGACAAAACGCUGCUUUAAUAUGGGAUAUUCGGUUGUGAUUAAGAAAGAAAAGUGCGUCGUCGAUCGAUCUGCAGCUUCAGUAAUCAGUGAUGUCGAAUUGGCUUCAUUUGCAGCUGCAUUAUGUGUACCAGUAUAUGAUUGUGAAUUGUGAUGUUGUAACCUUCACCGCUUCCUAAUGUUUGCUUC